GGUCCGAACUUCUUCUCGAGUGUCGAGAGUUAUAUUCCCAGGCUCGCAAGACUAUGAGGUCUCCACAUCCGGCCUGCACUUAGGAAAUCUAAACGGAACGGCUGGACCAUCAAGGGUAUCGCUGUUGGAGCGAGGGCCAUGAAGAUCCUAUGUGUGGCCGAGAAGCCUUCGAUAGCAAAGAGCAUCUCGGAGAUCCUGGCUGGCGGUCAACGGACGGCGAGACGCUCAAGAGCUCAAUAUAUUCAGAACUAUGACUUUUCCUAUCAACUGGCCGGACCUCUCGGUCGUUGUCAUGCGGAUUUUACGAUGACGAGCGUUCUUGGUCAUUUGACAUCGUCAGACUUCGAAGACCGAGUCAGGAAAUGGCACUCGUGUGAUCCGUUCCAGCUGUUUGACGCUCGUAUCGAGACGUAUAUCGACGAUAAACUCAAACCGGUGGCUCAGAAUCUGAAAGAAGAAGCUAGACGAGCGGACAUUCUGAUGAUCUGGACGGAUUGUGAUCGAGAGGGAGAACAUAUUGGCCAGGAGAUAGUCAACGUCUGUCGGGAGGUCAACGCGAGACUACGUGUCAAGCGGGCCAGAUUCAGUGCGAUUAUCCCUGCCCAGAUUCAUAGGGCUUGUCAGAACCCGUUCGAGCUGGAUGUACGACAAGCGGAGGCUGUGGACGCUCGAAUAUCGUUGGAUCUGCGGCUUGGGGCUGCUUUCACGAGAUUGCAAACGAUGACACUGCAACAGCGGGUACCUGAUCUCGAUGGAAAGGUCAUCAGCUACGGCCCCUGUCAAUACCCCACUCUCGGAUUCGUCUGCGAUCAGCAUUUCCGAGUUCAGAACUUCGUUCCCGAGACGUUCUGGUACAUCUCGGUCGGAUUCGAGCGGGACGACAACAACGUCCAAUUCAAAUGGUCUCGAGGACAUCUGUUUGACUUCGAGAUGGCAGUCGUGCUUUAUGAGAUAUGCGUCGAGUCGCCCAUGGCUCGGGUCACGAACGUGAAGACCAAGCCUACGCAAAAGUGGAAGCCUUUACCGCUUACGACAGUCGAGCUUCAGAAGUCGGGAUCGCGACUGUUACGUCUAGCGCCCAAGAAGAUCCUUGAUAUAGCCGAAAAGCUCUAUCAACAGGGGUUUCUCAGUUACCCUCGAACGGAGACGGACCAGUUCGACAAGGAUUUCGAUUUUAUGAGUUUGAUUAGGAAACAGGUCGCCGAUCCGGCUUGGGGAGGGUUCGCUCAGAGACUCGUAGACGGAGACUUUGCGAGACCUCGCAAUGGCCAAAAGAACGAUAAAGCACAUCCCCCGAUCCACCCUACAGCGCAUGCCGGCAACCUGCAAGCAGACGAGAAACGAGUUUACGAAUUCGUGACCAGGAGGUUCCUCGCCUGCUGCUCAACCAACGGUGAAGGACAAUCUACCAAUGUCGAUAUCGAGAUCGCAGGAGAAAAGUUCACCACGUCCGGUUUAGUCAUCCUGGCGCGGAACUACUUGGAGGUGUAUCCUUAUGACAAGUGGGCAGAUUCGUACCUGCCAAACUUCCAGCAGGGAGAGCAAUUCAUGCCGUCUUACUGCGAGUUGAAGGACGGGCAGACGGCAAGCCCUGCCUAUCUGACAGAAGCGGAUUUGGUCGGUCUGAUGGACAAGAAUGGUAUCGGUACCGAUGCGACUAUCGCCGAACAUAUUGCCAAGAUCAUCGAACGGGAAUACGUUGAAGCGAGACAGGAUCGCGGAGCUAAAUACCUCGUCCCAUCUGAUCUCGGCAUCGGCUUGGUGGAUGGGUACAAUCAGAUCGGGUUCGACAGAUCGCUGACGAAACCACACUUGAGAAGAGAGACGGAACAUCGAAUGCAAAUGAUUUGCGAUGGAGUUGCGACCAAGAACGAAGUCCUUCAGGAUAGUAUAAUGCAGUAUCAAGAGGUCUACAUCAAGGCCAAACGAGAAUUCGAAACGGUGGUACAGAGUGUUGGGCGUUACAUGCAGGAACAACCUGCGCGAGCAAUACGAGCGGGAAGGCCCGCCGGUGGAGGCGCACCUCGAGGUAAUCGGAACAAUAACGAUGAUAAUGACGAUGAUGAUGACGAUGACGAUUUCGGACACGAUAACGGACAAGGAGGCGGUGCACGGGGACGUGGGCGAGGGCGAGGCCGAGGAAAGGCUGGAACCACGACCAAAGCAAGGAAGCCGGCUGCGCCACGAGGAAGAGGUACAACUACGAAAGGCAAGGGGAGUACCCGGAAGGAUCCCGAUGACGAUGAUGACAAUCAAGGCCCCGCUCCAAAACGACCUAGGACUUCUGGCGCCAAUACAGACAAUACCGGUGGUACUGCGCCUGACUGUCAAUGUGGUGCUCCAGCGAAACAACUCGUAGUGAGAAGAGAAGGUGCAAACAAGGGUCGUCCAUUCUGGACAUGUAGCAAAGGUCAGGACGAAGGUUGUGGGUUCUUUGAAUGGGCCGAUGGGUGUGAGAAUGUUGCACCUGCUCCACGCCGUACAACAUCAGCCGCUCAGAAUCGUCCCGCUCCUCCGCUUAGACCACCCAGUCGACCGGAUAACAAGGGCCCUCAAUGCAGUUGUGGCAUGCCAGCUGUCCAGCGAACCGUUCAGAAGGCAGGCCCCAACCAGGGUAAAACGUUUCAUACUUGUUCUAAACCUCAAGGCGAGCAAUGUGGAUUCUUCGAAUGGGACGACCCUGACGGUCAAGCCGGAGAUCGGGGGAGGGGCGGUCGUGCGGAUGACGGGGGAGGUCAAUCAGGGGACUGCUUCAAGUGUGGACAAUCCGGACACUGGGCGAGCGCUUGUCCAAACGAGGACGGAGGAAACAAUCGAGGCAGGAGCAGUAGGGGAAGGGGUGCUGGUGCGAGUCGUGCACGAGGCGGCAAGAGAAGCAGAGGUCGUUAGACUGUAUGAUACAGCUGUAGCCAGAGUUAUAUUCGACAGACGUUGUAUAGGGGUCUUAGUCAUGCAUUGCCCGCCUUCAUGAUUGCGGAAGCAAAUUGGAUCGAUCGCC